CUCACGUGCUCUCUCUCUCUCUCUCUACGUCUCUCGCGAGUUCUCGUCCCAUUUCGGGUGAUGCGGUAUCGGUGCUCUCUUUGAUGUCUGUCGCGUAUCUGCUUCUCCUGCUGACUUUGGUUUACACUCAGAGAUGUGGCCAGGAGCGACCCGUGUCUGUGUCGUCGAUUUGCGCUGUCGCCUGAAGAUCCGCUCCAGUCCCUUCAGAUAUGUUUGAUUGGAACGACGAAGAGCUUGCUAGCAUAAUAUGGGGCGAGUCCGAGGAGACCGGUGACCAUAUAGUCCCCCAUCCUGAAGGAAAUGAAGAUCAUCAAAAGAAGAAAGGAUGGAACCAAGAAACUGCUCCAAUCAAACCUACAGAAGAAAAGAUCCUUGGGCUGAAAAGUGACUUUAAUGACUCAAAAAAGGGAAGUAGUGCUAAUGUCAAUAAAAAGAGAUGUUCAGAUGUAUCUGCAUUUGGCUCGGGUUCAUGGCCUAACCUAUCUCCAUCAAAUGCUGUUACAAAUGAUAUGCAAACCACUGAUCCAAGAUAUGGCUCUCUUAAAGCAGGGCUAGUUGAACCUGACAAGGCUUCUGAAUGCUCCGAAAAUACCCAUGAAGAUAAAGAACAGGGCGAAUUUGAUGACUAUGGCUGGGCAACCAUUGGGAGCUUUGAAGAUCUUGAUCGGAUUUUUAGCAACGAUGAGUCACUAUUUGGCAGUGUUAGUCUUGACAGUUCGGAUGAGCUAUGGUCUUCUAGCAAAAAUGUGACUCUUAGCCCCAUAAAGUCAGUCACUGGACAUGCGGAUUCACCUACUCUGCUGUCAAAACCAGUAACAGAUGCAUCAGAGGGUGUGGAAGUAAAAGCAGAAUAUGUUCAACAAGACCACUCUGUUAGACUUGCUUACAAGGAGAUGAAUGGCCAUGCAUCCCCCCACUUGCCGCACUCACAGAUUUUGAAGAAAGUGGAAGAUCCUUUAGGUAUGAGUAAGCCUGGGCUAGAUAAUCAGACAAAUGUAGGCAUGGUGGAAAAGGGCGCAGCAGUGAACUCUGGCUUUGAUGUCAAUAUUUCAACCCCAGCUCAAUCUGCAGAGAAGUCUCAAAAGAAGCUGCUAAGCAACCAGGAUGAUGCUUUGGAGGGAAGAAGCCGAGUAAGACCAUUAGAAGAAGUCGGCAGGGCCUGGUAUUCUACUGGAGAUGCAACUGGACCAUAUGAACAACAGUUGGCACCCCGCAUAAUGCCAUAUGACAGGGAAGAUUCAAGUUGGUCAAGACAGCUUCGGAAUCCCGACUCUCUGCCAAACAGUCCCGUAUCAAACACUUACAUGGCUCUUGCAGUAGGGAAUAGGGUGAAUCCUUAUCCACUAAUGCCUCUGAUGUCCCCAACUCUAUCUGGAGAAUGCAAGAAGACAACUCUGAUAUCUGGCUAUGAAGAAUCCUCUGGAAGUGCAAACCAUGUAAAGAAUGUUGUUGAUAUUCCUGAGAAAAGUCUAAGCAUGACACCACAAGAAAAGAUUGAAAAAUUAAGGCGGCGGCAACAGAUACAAGCAAUGCUUGCUAUUCAGAAACGGCAAGAGCAGUUAACUCAACAUGUCUCUGGUCAUUCUGUUGCUGAGAAAUGCGCCCAGAAGAAUCAAGUGCUAUCUCUUGAGGGUCCUGAUGGUGAAGUUGCUGACAUGGGCCCAUUUGCUUCUCUUGAUCCAAGCUCACCUCUGGAAUAUGAUUAUUCCGACUCAAUGUCUAUGGCAGUUGAUGACUAUUCAGUGGAGGAUACCAUACUUCAGAAACUUCAAGACGUAAUCACCAAGUUGGAUAGCAGGAUUAGAUUUUGCAUGAGAGAUAGCUUGUUUCGAUUAGCUCAAAGUGUGAUGCAAAGACAACAGAUCGGUGAGACUGGCACAACCGAAGUAAACACCAGGCAACAGCACGAAAUGGUCGUUAAAGAAGUGAAUGCUGGUGACAGCAGGCGGGCUAAAAUGGGUACUGCUGAAACAGAAACGAAUCCCAUAGACCGCACUGUUUCUCAUCUUCUUUUCCACAGACCUGUGGAAACUGCAUCAAAGCAUUCAGGGCUGGCUGAAUCAUCUGUUUCAACUAAUUUUUCUUCUGAGCGAAAAGCUGUGGGGUCGGGCAACUUGGGGGGAAUAGACUUGCGAGAUAGUCCCAACAGCAGACAAAUUAUCCCUUGCCAGGGUCCAAAGACUCCUACAAGCACGCGUGCUGAGCCCCGGAAAUCUGGUCAGUUUGAAGCUUCAGAGAACACCUUGAGCAGUGGACGCAUUGAUGAUGCAACUAUGGAGGUUGAAGCCUCUUACCGAUGAAAAGGCCAACAUCAUGAGGGGUAAUUCCUUCCUUUAUCUCUUCCAUGCCUAUGUGUACAUUUAUCGUGCUAGUUAUACAGAUCUACUGGUAAUUUGGAGUUUUGUUUUAUUGUCAGCCAAGUGGAUCUUCAUCAAGUGGCAGCGAGAAUCCUUGUCGUGGGAAGGAGCUAGAAGAAAAAUCAUCAGCACGUGUCAGCAAGAAGUGUUAUUUAUUCUAUCAUGUCUAAACAUCCUCUCUGUUUCAUCUUGACAACUGAGGGCUGUCUCUUCAACCAUAAUAUAGAUGAUCUGUACAGCUCGGCUGCGCGUGUGAUUGUCAAGCUUCUCAAUGUCACUGAGUAUGGGCAAAUGGAUGCAUUCAAUAGCCUGCGAAUUGCAUUUGA